GCACGCACCCCUUUUGGGUUUGUGCUCGUAUCCUUAUCCUUUUUGGACUAGCACAAACAAAAAGCUUGGCCUGCAGUUUUAUUUAACUAGACAACACAAAACACAAUACCGGCGUGUUUUUUUUUCCAGCGGGCUGCGCAUUAUUUCCAAUCGCCAUUUUCAACGACCAGAGGGCGGACAGGAUGGAGACGGACUACACGGGCUUCGAGAACCCGCUAUACAGUGAACUGAAAUAUUUCUGCAAAAAGAUACAGGAGGCUUACAAAGAACUCAAGGAAGACCUAACACCGUAUAGAGACGAUCGAUUCUACAGGCUGGCUCCCAUGCGCCUCUACACGCUCUCCAAACGGCAUUUCGUCUUGGUGUUUGUAGUUUUCUUAAUCUGCUUCGGGCUCACGGUCUUCAUCGGAAUAGCAGGUCCUAAAAUACUCUAUGAGUCAACAUACAGUGGUACCACGCUGCUGGCUGGGAACGCCACUGUGAAGUCCGGACCGUUCAACUUAAAAUCUCCACCGCUGACCACCUACCACCAACAGGUGUGGCUCACCUGUGAGAUCCAGCCGGAUCAGACCAAUGGGGUGGAGUUCAACCAGCAGUUUGAGAUCAACGUGGGCCUGAAGGGGGUGAUGCAGGACACCAGCGUGAUGCAAAUCAACAACAACGUGCACCAGAAAUCCCGCACCCUGCACUGCGCACAGAAAUGCGAUGAGAUCAUCGUGGUGCACCUGGGUUAUCUGAACUACACGCAGUAUCAGAUCAACGUCAGCUUCAAAGGUCUGGAGAACCUCACCUUCAACAUCAAGGAGGUCAACUUCACAUGGAAGCUGUACAACCCCUCCUUCUCGCAGGUGGAGAUCUGGUUUCGGUUUGUCUUCGUGGUUUUAACCUUCAUGGUGACGUGCAUGUUUGCUCACUCCCUGCGCAAGUUCUCCAUGAGGGACUGGGGCAUUGAGCAGAAGUGGAUGUCCAUCCUAUUACCACUGCUCCUGCUCUAUAACGAUCCCUUCUUCCCGCUGUCGUUCCUGGUGAACAGCUGGUUCCCGGGAAUGCUGGACGCCCUUUUCCAGGCAGUGUUCCUGUGCUCCCUGCUGCUGUUCUGGCUCUGCGUCUACCACGGGAUUAGGGUUCAGGGAGAGAGAAAGUGCCUGACGUUCUACCUGCCCAAGCUGGUUAUCGUUGGGCUUCUGUGGCUGUCGGCCGUGACCCUGGGGAUCUGGCAGACAGUGAACGAGCUUCAUGAUCCUACAUACCGGUACCAAGUAGAUAUUCACAAUUUUCAGGGAAUGAAGACGUUCUUUCUGGUGGUGGCUUGCAUUUACGUCCUGUAUUUAAUAUUCCUGAUUGUCCGAGCGUGCUCUGAGCUGAAGAACAUGCCUUACUCAGAUCUACGACUAAAGUUCCUGACAGCUCUGACCUUUGUGGUACUGAUAAUCAGUAUGGCGAUACUUUACCUGAGGUUUGGAGCCAAGGUCCUGCAAGACAACUUUGUGGCAGAGCUGUCCACGCACUACCAGAAUUCAGCCGAAUUUCUCUCCUUCUAUGGCCUACUCAACUUCUACCUCUACACUCUCGCUUUUGUGUACUCGCCUUCAAAAAAUGCCCUCUAUGACUCACAAUUGAAGGACAAUCCUGCUUUUUCAAUGCUGAACGACUCGGACGAUGAAGUCAUAUACGGGAGUGACUACGAAGAGAUGCCUCUACAAAAUGGCCGUGCCAUCAAAGCGACAGCCAAGUACCAGGAUGAAAGUGACAGCGAUUGAUCCGCCACUCAAUUAACAUGCCUUCGUUGUAAUAUAGGUGGGGCCACGAACUUAGAGAACCACGGUAUGUAAAUAGUGUCUUGUUUAAAUUAAAUGCAAAUGAUAUAUAUUUUUAAACUGGGAAAAAAAACUUUAAUUGCCACUGAAUGUAAUUUAAUUUCAAUAAGAGUAGUGUUAUGCAGGCAUGUAUUUAAUUAUGCUGGCGAUACAGUUGCUACUAAAGGGAAUGGCAAAUUGGAUACCGAUAAAACGCCACCAUUAUAUCCAAUAACUUUUUUUUUUUUUUUUUAAUGUUUUUCCCCAUUUUGGUAUGAUGAAUAAGAGGUGACACUGGUUGUAAAAAGUAGAGAUCACUUUGUGUACAUACUGUAUUGCAUAUAGAAAACUAGAGCUUUGAUUUUAAAUAGGUUUUUUUUCUUUUGUGGAAAAUGUGAUUCUGCCAUUCCGUCAUCUUCUCCGUCGGCACCGACAGCACUGGGUGCUUGUCGAGUUGUGUCGCGGAGGAGAGAACCUUAAACUUGGUCGUUGUGAUUGUUUACGUGCCAAUGUAACUUACUUUGCCUGAAAUCAUUCCUGUUUGCCGAGCAGCUUUAAAAUUGCACUCCUUAUUUUCGUUUCGCGAUUUAACUUAUUGAAGCUAGAGAAAGGGUCGUUUUUAAAACUGAAGUCGUGAUGCAACACUGUACAUUCCUGCUGCAACAGAUAGACGUUGUUAAUUUUAAUAUCAUACAAGAAUGUAAAAUCCCAAAGGAACUCUCACCUCGGUGGAACUGUACAGUUGUUAGUGAAAUGUUUCCUUUGCCUAGUUUUGUCUUGAUUUCAUUAUUACCUACACAUUGUUUUGCCAAAGUUUAUACAUCAAUAUUAAAAUGGUAUUCAAACGUUGCUUCCAAUUUUAAGAGCAUUGAAAUGGUAUUUGCGGGCCUGUUGGCUAACUUGGUGUCGUAAUUUAAAUGUUCACCAAGCAGAUAUUGAGUAUGCAGUUUUCCCUUUUGCACAUUUACAGUAAAUAGGAAUCCCCAACAACACCACAAUCACUAGAUAAUCUUUUUUUUUGGACUAGCAUUUUUUAUGAACUGUAUUUGGGCCCCUUUAUAUCUUGGUUUAAAAGAUUUACACAUCGCAUGUGAAUGUGCUUUGAAAGGACCAGAAUCUGGAACUUUAGCACAAUCCGCGCUUUUAUUCUUGUGGCUUGCACGGUCAUAUUGUGGCAACAUGAAGGUAAACUUAACGUUCACCUUUCCAACAAUGUUAUGUUGGACACGGGAAAAGUGUUGUGCCUUGCUGAUGUUACAUAGGAAUUAUGUAUAUGGGUUUGUUUUUUUCCAGCGCUAAAUUAUAACCGCAAUGAUGUACAGUUUCAGCUGAUCACGAAACGCAGGGAACCGGGUACAGGGAAUCUCUGGACAUAUCGCGAAUGUGAAUGUAAUGACGUUGGUGUGUUUCGUGUAAACUGUAACGUUUAUUCCAAGAGACGCAGGAGGCUCAUGUCAUGUCUAGCGAGGGAAUUACUGUUGUCACCACAGACUAAUAAAACCUCUCCUACAACACAGAA